AUGUCGGGGUUCAUCACGCUGACCUGGACCAUGAGCAAUGAUUCGCCUGUUCUAACAAGUCUGACCGACAACUCCACCGAUGUGCCUGUAUCUGCAGGCCAGGUGGAGAACUAUGUGUUGCUGUUGGUGCUGCUGAGUGUUUUUGCUGGGGGGACGCUGGUGCUGCUCUCCCUGCUGCUCCUCUUCUGUCACCGCUGCUGCAUGGGAGGACGACGCUACUCCAGAGCCAGCGAUGACCUCGAGAAGACAAACACCACCUAUGCUGAGGACUCUCAGCCCACCCAAGAGAUCACCAUUCUUCUGGAUGAAUCAGACGCUCUCUCAGCUUCAAGCUGUCACGAUGGAGAGUCAGAACGAUUCGUCUCAACCGGAUCUACUGGCCGCAGAGUCUCCUUCAAUGAAUCUGCACUUUAUGAACAGGAGAAGACAACUCAGGAUAAGGGACGCAGGUACACUCUGACUGAGGGAGACUUCCACCACCUGAAAAAAGCCAGGCUGACCCACCUUCACCUUCCUCCAGCUCCAUGCGAUUUAAAGAUCCUCACCAUCAUGGAGUGUGACUCAACAGAGAGUAGCACUGUCAACAUCAGUGAGGCUGGCGCUCCCAAACUGCCCUUGACAAUCUAUCGGCCCACUGACAGAAGAGUCCCUGACUGGAAGGGACAGAGCCUGAGUGGAGGUCUGCCAGGAGACCCACAUCACUCAACUAUCCUGGACCAGGGCCACAGACCGGCCUCAUCAGUCCUGAAGCCACAACACACACGCUCCCAGACAUUGGAGGCUGUCAGGGGAGAGAAUGAGGGUGAGAGGACCAUGAGAGGAGAGUUGACUCAAGCUCUGGGACAAAGUUCAGUUCUGCAUUUCUUCAGUAAACUGCGGCGCCAUGCAAGUCUGGAGGGGGCAGGACCUUACUUCAGGAGGUGGAAGUUUGACAGCAGUCACAGAGCUGCUAGCUUGGAUGCUAAAGGGUCUCCCAAGAGAAGGCCCUUUCAGAGACAGAGAGCAGCAAGUGAAACCACGGAUCACACUGAUGAAGACUCUUCUCCUCUUGAGGUUGAGGUUGUCGAAUCUUUCCCACCAACUCCCAAUCAGAUGAGUGGCCUCCAGGCACUCUCUGCAGAGUCUCUGUCUCAUCCUGCCACUGCACCCACAUCAUCUGUCUUCCUCAGCAGGCUACAACUGGAGGCCAUGGAGGAGGUAGGUGGCAGCAACAGUGUUAGAAAAGAAGAUCCCUGUUCACCAAUUAAUGAUUGUCAAGCCCAGAAGCAAGAGGAAGCCACAGCAAAUGGUACUGGAGUAGAAAAAGAAACAAAGUUUGGUGCAGGUAUAAAAUCAGAAGCAGCAGGGGGCGAAGCAGAAUCUGCAGAAGAAGAUGACUUGUUUGGGGAACAAAGAGACGUCGCCGUACACGAGAGGUUUGAAGACCUAUUGAGUAAAACUGAGGACACAAGAAACGCUAGUGUGACAUUUGAUUCAAGGAAAAACACUGAGGUGGAAGUAGAUGAUGGAGAUGAGAUGGUGUUUGGAGCUCAAGCCAGACAACGAACGGACUCUGGCUCCUCUCUUACCUUCAUGAUUCGCCAGGAGAGUUCUGAAGCCCCUCCCUCCCUCUAUAGAGACAUUUGGAGCUUGCGAGCCUCUCUGGAGCAGUAUGCCUCCUCGGACCAGAGCAGCACAGACCGGGAGUCCAUCCGCAGUGACGCUGACAGCGUUUCAUCCCUUGGUGGUGCAGGAGCUCGCUCUGGCUUAGACAGCUGCUUGUCCCAAGACCUGGACGAUGAGCCUGAAGGAGAAGGGGAGGGAGAGGGGUUGGAGGGGGGGAUCAGAGGGGCAUCGGGUGGUGACAGUGAGGUGGGAAGUGGAGCUGGAGGGGAAGGAGAGGUAGGCAAUCGCAAGCUCCUUCAGAUGGACAGUGGCUAUGCUUCUAUUGAGGCGCCAUCAAGGGCCCCUGAGGAAAUGCGACUUUUUGGGGCUCCUGGAGCUCCUCGAGGGAAGACAGCGUCUGAAAGAAGGUUGUUCUUCACCAGCUCAGGGAGAAAAGGUUCAGUGUGUGAGAGCAUUGAAGCCCGGCUGUUUCAGGAGGAGCUGGAGGAUGAAAUGACAGACGGCCCAGGGACAGAGAAGAAGCUCAAGGACCGAUCUCAAAGUAGUGGCCCCUCUCUGAUCCUUCAAGAACCACAUCAAUUUCUGAAGUCCCUCCAUCCUCAAAAACCUCUUGAGUCUCAAUCCCAGCUUAUGUCUCCACUUACUAAGCCAAUCCAGCAGCCCUGUAGUCCACAUAAACCUCGUCUCCGCCGUCGUGACUACAGCAUCGAUGAAAAGACAGACGCUCUUUUCAACGAGUUCCUCCGUCAUGAUCCACGAUUUGAUCAGCAGGAUUCUCCUCUGCGCACCCGGCACCGUUCCAGGGUUCACCUCCGGAAACAAUGGCAGAGACACAAGCAAUACAGCGACCCAGGGUCAAGUGCUGGUGGAAGGUACUCCCCCUCAUUGGAGAGGCAGAGGUUUACUCCAUUGCGGAGAGGUGACAGCGCAGGAUACCCUCUGGACACCAGGUAUCACAGCACACUAUCACGCAUUGCAAGUGCGGCUGACGAAGAAGCCAGUGAGGUUGCGGCUUGUGAAGAAGCAGCCAAAGAGAGCACAAAGAACAAAGAUCCAUCAAGUGAAGGAGCCCCAGGGGACGCCACAAAAAGUACAGCCAACUCAACCUCUGAAGGCAAUGACACUACAAAGAGCCGCACAGGAUCGACCGGUGAUGCUGUAGGCUGCCAAGUCUCCACAAUAAAGGAGACAGAUAGCACAACAAGCCAGACUUUGACCAGUGUCACUACACAGAAGAGCUUCAUGGAUCCAAGAGUCAACAACAGGAACAACAACAGUAGUCAAGCGAUCCUGUCAGAGAUUUCCCUGCAGACAGAAAGCAGCCUGACAGACAAGCUGGUUGUGUCAGUGGAAGAGAGGCUCUACGGCGACUUACGCACUGCUGAGAAGCUUAGCCAGGGAGGAACUGAGGGCGUGCUUACCAUGACCAACACAGCCUCACCUGGCUUCAAUCCCACAUAACCUGAUAUCAAUCUGCAUCAACUUUAAUUUAAAUCUAUUUGUCCAGAGACAACAGACUGGAACAAAGUUGUCUAAAACACUUAAAACAUGUUAGGUACUUGGUCAUUCUGCAUCCUUUACACUUGGACAAACCCUCAGAUAAACACUCAUAGCUGAUGCAAAACACAGGUAUACUCUAGAGCAGGGGUUCCUAAAGUAUGGGUCAGGACCCCCAGGGGGGUCGCGAGACACAAAUGGGGGGUCAUGAGAUGUCUUGAAGAAUGUUUUUUUUUUUUAAAGUUAUCUAAAAAAUAGCACAUUUUACCCAUUAUAGUAAAAAAAAUAUGGACAAAAUAGUAGCUAAUCUUGAAAUAAAACCUUGAAAAUAGAAAAUGUAAUGAGUUGUCUGCCUUUCUUUUUACCAGAUGACUCCUAAGUUUAGAGUUAGUGAACAGUUAUUUAUCAAAAGCAUCAGUAGCAGUAGGUUAAUUCAUAAAGGCACAGGAAACACAGCCACAUGCUCAUAUAGGUAGGCUAAUUUACUGCAGACCAGCUAAAUGAAGCCACAUUAAAUCUCUUUGAGGGACAGUGGGGGUCCCGAGUCUUUGGCACCUAUAUUUUUUGGGUCACGGGCUGAAGAGUUUGGUAACCCCUGCUCUAGAGAACAGAUGUAUCUUUUUGAUGGCCAGUUUCUUCCAGUGUUUCCAUUCAGAAUUUAAUUUCAACUGUGACUCCAUGUGACAUGUGAUGCCCCCGUGUUUCUUUUUUUAUUUACCAGUAAUACUUCUAGACCCAAAUGCACAUAUUCCAUAGCUUUGAAAAUAUAGGCUCUGCAGAAAAAAAAAGAAUAUUUUCAGACUUGACUGUGAAUCUUCAGCAUGCUUCUCUGUGUCCAAACAAAGUUUAUGUGAAUAGUGUACAGAUUUAACUUUGAAAACAUGAACUACUUUGAUGGAAAGAAAUAGAAUGAGGGGGGUUCUGCCAACUAUUGUUCUCAUAUUCAGACCAUAUCCUCCUCAAGUGUCCUUGUCACAACCACCAUGAGGGAAUGUGACUUCAUAAAGAAUUGUGGUUUCGGGUUUUAGAACAUUAUUAGAAAGAAAAAACAUUUCUUUAGAGCUCUCAUCACUCAUAUAACUCACACUUUCUGCCAACACAGCACUGAAAACAAAUGUAUCAAAGAUGUUUAUACUCAAAUUACCCAUAGAUUUGUGUUUAAUUUAUCCCACUUAGUCAUCAGAACAAGGCAAAACAAGAAAAUAGAAGGUAUCCAGGAGCUUCCGUGGGCUCGGCUUAGUGUUUGUAUCACUGCUGGGACUCUGAUGAGGGGGAGACUGAUGGAUGAUACUUUAAAGGACUGACACAGGAGCCUCUCAGGCUUUUACACAGAUGGUCCACAGACAGAGAGUUGAGGCUGUGAAUGCGGAGGCUGAAACUGAAUAGCAGUAACACUGUUGGCUUGACGAUCCAAUCAGAAAAGGAUACGCUCACUCUGUAUUAAUCAGGUCUGGCAAUGUUAUGUAUGUCUUGGUCAUAACAAAUGCCAUACAAACAAAACCAAUCAUAAAAAUCACACAUCACAAUUUGCCUUUUCUGGGUGCAAAGGCUGACCGAAGUUUGUUUUGAGUGAAUCCCACAUCGCUCUGCUGCUGUAAACACACACACCAGAGAACAAGAUAUGUUGAUCCACAGCUGAAAAUACUUUCCUAAUACUUCAGGUCUCAUGGUUGUUGGAGUCACAUGUGAGACAAAAAGCAGUGCCCAACUUAUAAGACAAUAUUAAGGUUUUCUUUAAAGUAAAUAUUUACGACUCAUUUGUCAAGAUUUAUCUUAAGUAGGAAUCACAAACAUAUUGGUUUAGUUUUCAUGACUUUUGUUAUUACAAAAAGAACAAACACAUGCACAUACAUACUGCCAGCUUUACUCUGAACCUGAAAUUCUGCAGGUAUAUUUGGUCUUAACAUGUUAAAUCUUGCAAUCUCAUAGGUGUAAUAGCUUUUCUCGCUCUCUCUAACCCAAUAUGGAUAUAAAGUGUAAUUAAUCAUCUUUAUCCAUGUCAAAUUGCAUCUCUUCAACACGAGAGCAUUGCUUCAUUUUACAUGACAGACUGUCUCAUGGGAAAACUGGAAUAGGUACAGCUUGUCCCUCUCUCCCUCUCUCUCUCUCUCUCAAACACACAAACACAAGAGGUUGAGCUACAGAACAUGAACAUGUGCAUCUUAUGAAACUCAUGUAUUUGUUAUCAUUCAUGAUGAACCACCUGCUUUAUUAUAAAACAGAUGAGCAAUGCAGAUCAUUCUAAUGUCUUGCAGACUUGAGAGGCUAGACCUUGUGGGACCAACUGAGGUAAAUAUUGUUUUUGGUCUGAAAUCUUUUCUGAAUAAAAAAUAAAA